UCCCCAAGCAACCAUGGUUCAAGAUCAAGCAUACUACAGCAAAGGUUACAAGAAAGAAGUUUCAAAUACACAUGCAUGGAGAACGGUAGACAAUGCCGUUCCAUUUAUCAUUCCUGUCAUCAAGCCAAACUUUAAAGUUUUGGAUGUUGGCUGUGGUCCCGGAACAAUCACGGUAGACAUUGGUGCUAAUUAUCUUACCGAAGGUGGAAGUGUUAUUGGGGUUGAACCAACUCAACAGGUUCUUGAUUCUGCAGAAGCACAUAAAAAGAAGUAUGCUGAAGAGCACAACAAGAAUCUCGAUAAUAUUUUGUUUCAAACGGGAUCCAUUUAUGAAUUACCAUUUGAAGAUAAUACUUUUGACUUAGUUCAUGCUCAUCAAGUUGUUGUUCAUUUACAAGAUCCAAUUGCGGGAUUAAAGGAAUUGAGGAGAGUUACUAAACCAGGAGGAUUUGUUUGUGUCAAGGAUAGUGAUCUUGAAUCUUCAAUUGUUUAUCCUGAAGAAUACCAACUAAUUCAAGAUUACUAUGUUACCAAGGCAAAAAGCUCUGGGUGCACUGAUCCUAAAGCUGGAAGAAGGUUACGAUGGAAAGCAAUCCAAGCUGGGUAUGAGUCUGGUAAUAUUAAAACCUCGGUGUCUAAUUGGCUUCUUGGUGAUGAUCCAAAUAUGAAGCACCGAUUGAACCUGUUGAUUAUUCCUAGAGCGGAAUCUGGUGCUGACGAUCUUUAUCCCGAUGAUCUUGAGAAAAGCAAAAAGGCCAGAUCGGAAUAUAUUGAAUUGUUAAAGAAGUUUGCUGACGAUGAAAAUGCAAGCAGGGUGGUUACAAAUUAUGAUAUCGUCUAUCAAAAAUAGAAAUGCAUAUGUAGAUUGAAAUAUACGACAUCUUUGACACAUGAAUAAAGAGUCAAAUGUGACAAAUUCUUACUCU